AUGUAAAUGCCAUCAAAUUGUGAAAAUCUUCUUGGACUUCCAUUAGAAUAAGCAGAUAAAUUGCCAAACUGUUAAAUUCAUAAGCAAUUCAAAACAAUAUUUAUUUGCGAACAUAAUUGUACUGAAAGAAUUCUAUACUGCAGGGAAUGUUCUACUAUAAUAAAUCCAGGAUCUAAUAUUAAUAUCCAUAAUCAUGCCCCAAUAUACAUUGCUGAUGCAUGCUCAAAAAUUGCUUAACAAUCUUAAUCAAGUUAAGAAGAAGCAGAAGAUCUAUUUGAAAAAGCUACCGAUUUCAUACACAAAUAUAAAAUUGUACUUGAAUACUUAGAUUAAAAACUAAGAGGAAAUGGAGAUGAUUACUUGAUUAAUCCUCAAAGUUAAAAUAAGUCAAUGAUGUUUGAUUUCUAUGAGCUUACUAAAUUGGUGGAAAUAAUUAAGCAGACUAAUGAUUACCUUGAGAGGAAAGCAGUCGACCUUAAAGUCAUUGAUGUAUUUAAUAAAAAGAAUCAAGUGGAUGGUUAUAUAGAAUAACUUAAAAGAUAUGAAUAUUUAGGAAAAGUCACCUUUUAAGAAGUUUGGUAGAAAUACCAUUCAAUUUUCUUUCAAGAUGAGUAACUAAAUCUUAGUGAUGAUCAGUUAGACCUAGAUAAUUUUAAACUUCUGACUUACAUUAGACAUAAGAUUUCGGCUUAAAAGAAUGAGUUUUUAGAGGAAAGAGUCAAAACACUGGAAAAAAUGCUAAAAACUAAAUUUGACCAAUUAAAUUAGAUAUUGGAGAAUCAGCUAGGAGCUGACAAGAUAAAUUGA